AUGCUCCGCUCACCGGGCAAUUCGCCCCGCCGCCUCUCGCCGUCGCCGUCGCCGACACCCGCACCCUCCACCCCUCGCCCGCCCUCCCCGACCCCCUCCACCGCCUCCGCCCUCGCCACCGCCUCUUCGAAGCGCCGCCGGCCGGAGGUGCUCGACGAGGACACAUACGUCGCCGCCAUCGAGCGCAUCAUCGAGCGGGACUUCUUCCCGGACCUCCCCCGCCUCCGCGACCGCCUCGAUUGGCUCCAGGCUGUGCGGUCCCGCGACCCGCUCAUACUCCGCGAUGCGCAGCUCAAGAUCCUGGACCGCCGCCGCCGCCUCCAGCGCCGUGGGACGGGGCCCGUCCCCACCCCGACGCCGGCCACCUCCACUGCGCUCCGCUCCCCGUCCUUCCUCACCACCCCCGCCGGAUCCGUUGCCGGCGGCGUGGGAGCUCCCGAGGAGGAGGAGGAGAAGGACGACCUCGCGGACGCAUUCUCCCUCGACGGCUUCUUCCGCCGCUUCACCAGCGAGGACAACGAGUCCUUCUCUCGCAUUCUAGACAAGGUAAACCAACGCCGCCGCGAGCGCUACGCCCACCUACUGGAGCCUGCCGAGGCGGGGAAUAAACCAUUGUUGGAGGACGCCAAGCUCGAUAGGAUAACAGAUGGGUAUGGUACAUCAGGGCAACCACCGAGUACACUUGAAGGCGCCAAGUUCGUGGCAAAGAACCUGCUCAUGUAUUACCCGGCUGACCGUGGGGAAGCGCCUCUCACAGAGGAUGAGCGUGCAGAGCGGAUCAAGGGGAUGACCAAGGAGAUAGACAAAUCAAACACUAGAUUACAUGGCAGAGCCACGGCUGAUGAUGCGAGGCCCAAGGAGGAGGAGGCUGCCAUAUUGUAUGCACUAGUUGCAGGCUCUACUCCAGGGGGGAUGGCCUACCAUGAUCCUGACAAGUUGAAGAAGUAUGAUUUGGAGGAUCUGAGGAAGACGCCGUGCCCUUUCUACCUUGAGUCAGACAAAAAGGCCAACAAUGGAUAUAGUUUUGUGAGGACACCAUCACCGGCACCUGGUGUGGAUGAGUCGCCGUUCAUGACAUGGGGUGAAAUUGAUGGAACGCCGCUGAGGCUGGACCCUGAUGAGACACCAGGUGGUAGCGAGAGAGCACAUUUCAAGAUCCCACCACCUCCUGCUCGUGAUGUCAAGGCUCACCUGCUUUCAAGGGAUGCUGCUAGGAAAAUAAAGGAGCGUUCUAAGAUCAUCCAUAGGCCGCCCUUACCAUCCCCUGUGAGGGGAGGCAGUGCAAGCCCCAGAACCCUCUCACCAGCUGCACAAAAAUUUGUCAGGAAUGCCAUCUCAAAGUCGGCAAAGUCCUCGAACACCAUUGAUGAAUCUCUCCGUGCAAGCUACAGAGGUUCAACCCCAUCUGCAAGCACUCCCAAGACAAGGUUUUCAAGAGACCCAGGCCUCGCAUCGCAGUCUCCGUCAACAAGGCAGGGUUCCACCCCUCCCUGGUGA